CUCACCGCCCUCAGCGUUGCACAAAGCACGCUCUCCGCCCCCAAAAUAUCCUCCCUCACUAUCGCUCCUUAAUCCUAAUACACUACCACCUACAACACCGUAGAUAAGAUGGCCCAGCAGAAUGCAAAGCCGCACGACCGUAUGCUCGUGCUCGGCACCGUGUGUUUCUACCUCGUCGCUGCCCUAGCGAUGGUCAUGGCCAACAAAUGGGUGCUCAAGGAGACGUCUGCACCACUAUUCUUCCUCUUCACACAGCUCGUCAUUGCCGUGUGGCUCUUCCUCGCGGCCCACGCAGCACGCUUCCUCGUCCUCCCACUCCGCAUCGAUGCGGCACUCAUGAAGGGUCUCUUCCCCAUGGUCGGACUCAACGUCGUCGGUCUCAGCUUCAGCAACUUCACCCUGAAAUACGUCGACGCCUCCUUCUACCAGGUCGCGCGCGGGCUUGUCCUCCCGUUCACCGUGCUCACCUCCUUCACGCUCCUCGCCGCCCGCCCAUCCCUGCGCAUCCUGGUCUCGUGCGGCAUCAUCACCCUCGGCUUCUUCGUUGGCGUCUUCCUCGACUCCGUCCCCGUCUCCAUGAUCGGCAUCUUCUUCGGUGUCACGAGCUCCGCCAUCACCGCCGUGCACUCGGUCGUCAUCAAGAAGUCGCUCGAUGUCGUCGGCGGCAGCGCGCUCAACCUCAGCUGGUACACCAACCUCCUCAGCGCCGUCCUCAUGAUCCCCGUCAUCUUCCUGGCCGGUGAGGUCCCCGCGGUCCUCGAGCUGUUCGAGGGCGCGACGCCGGCUGUGGGCUAUGCUACGAGCUAUGCGGAGUCCGGUGAGAUGAGCGUGCUGCAGAAGUUCGUGUGGGGGUCGAUCAUCACCGGAACCCUCGGCUUCUUGAUGAGCAUCGCCUCCCUGCUCUCCAUCAAGAUCACCUCGCCCAUCACACACAUGGUCUCCUCCGCCGUGCGCGGCGUCGCCGCCUCCCUCCUUGGCAUGUGGCUCUUCGCCGAAGUCAUCUCCUUUGGACGUGCCGGCUCGAUCGCGGUCAUCCUCGGCGGCUCGAUAUACUACACCUGGGUCAAGCACCUCGAGUCGCAGAGCGCGCCCAAGCCCGACGCGAGCAAGUACGAGCGCGUCCCGCUCGAGGACGUCGAGUCUGGCAAGGGCAAGCCCGAAUAGGCGGCUUGUUUACGCCUUUGCCGCUCGUUGGUGAUAUCGAGAGCGGCUCCAUGCUGCUUGGGGAGGGUGGGCGGUGUUAGAUUUCGAUGGAUAGGAUGCUGGAGGGGUGGUGGGCGAUGAUACGUGUACUCAUUGGAUGAGUAUGGUUGGAUAGUUGCAGGUUGCAUACAUACACUGAUACCGGUACCUGCUUGACUCACGAGAAUAUAGACUUUGCACUCUUGCUGUGCACGCC